GAACCGCCACAGGUGGCGGGGGCUCGCACUUUCUUACCUGGCGCCGCAGCCUCGUCACGAUGCAGGCUAAGAUGGAGCCUGCGGCCGUCAGCACCGCCAUCCGGCAAGUGGGCCGCGAGGGGGAAUGGAAGGUCGCAGGCCCAUUGCUUGCUCGCUUGCGGCAAUCCAGCGCUGAGGCGGAUGUCGUCGUCUACAAUGCCACCAGCACGGCCUGCGGCCUGGUCCGACGAUGGCAGCAGGCCAUGGGUUGGUUGUCGCGGCAGCGCCCCUCCCAGCUGCGGCCAAGCGCCGUGUCGCUGGGCGCUUUGCUCUCGGCCUGUGAGCGGAGCUCGAGUUGGCAGGUGGCCCUGGCGAAUCUGGAGGCGCGGACGGCUCAGGAAAUGAGCGUGGCGGCCGCCGGUGCUGCCAUCAGCACGUGUGUGAAGGGCGACCAGUGGCUGCGGGCAUUGUGCCUUCACGGCGCACUGUGGGCCAUGACCCGCACCAGCCAG